AUCGGCACGCAGUCACCUCUGAGUCAUACCAGCAAAAUCUUAAAACUGGGGACAGUCCCGUUUGCGAUGGUUGGUCCUGCAUUUUAGAUACAAAAUAUGCAACGUUACAAUCAGUUAACUUGUCGUUAGCAAGUUUUGCCGAAUUUCCUGUUAUGACUGCCAGUUGGUCGAGACUCGUGAUCGCUUAGUUCUGGUCAUUUCAAAACAUGCGAUAUUAAAAGCAAUAACGUUAGCUACCAAGUGUGCUAAACUGGAACGAAUCCAACGCGGCGUGUUGCAUUACAUAGCUAACUAGCUGCUAGACAUCCAACGUCGUUACCCUCAACAGUGCGGUAUAUCGGAACUUGGCAGCAUGCAGGUGUGGCGCUCUCGCACUCUUUUCAUCAGGUUAGCUUGAACUACAGGGCGAAUAUUGCGCAGCCAUCUUGCAACACAAGUCAAGUGUAAAGGCAAAAGCGACGAACACAAUCAAUUGGAUUUAAACGCAUAACCCUCUCAGAACCAGAAUUACACACUCGAAAUAAUUAAAUCCAGGCAAACACGGUAGAAUAUAAUACACAAAAUUGGAAUAUCAAUGCGAUCUGCCGUACGUAUUCCCAUUGCUGACAGUCUGUCUCCGUGCCUAUUCCCUCUGUAAUGACAGUAGCGGCCAUUUGUCCCGCACUUUAAAUCUGCAAAUAACCAAUCAAAACAGUCCGGAAUCACUGUGUUGGUGACGUUCUCCCCUUUUGCGCAUGCCCGGUUUCUAAUGCGAGCCCCCCUCAGUUCGUAACAGAGUAAAGAUGGCGGCAGGCUCUGAUCUACUAGAUGAGGUUUUCUUUAACACAGAGGUGGACGAGAAAGUAGUUAGCGAUCUUGUGGGGUCCCUUGAGUCUGAGCUUACUGGCUCGGGUCACGGGAUCUCAGAAGUAAGAGUACAGGCAGUGUCUAACCACAUUGUCAACCCUGGGGUAGGAGGUAAUUCCAAUGUCCAGGAAAGCAAAAUGGGACUUGCACAACAGCUUGCUAAAGCAGGGACUGGAGUGCAGGGGGGUGUUAUUAAUAAUACGAGAUCGCAGGGUUCAGCUAUGGAUCCAGCAACAGGAAUCGCAUCGCCGGCUGGGUCAGAGACAUCAGUGGGGCCCAGCCAAGGCAAGACGGGUGCCGUUAGUGCCAUGGUAACUGUUGUGCCUAAUCACGACGUGGACAGCGGAAAAGUCGGGACCUCUGUGGUGCAAACUUUGAAUGGAAGUAAUGUGGUAAUAAACUCUCACAAUUCAGGAAGUGUCUCCGCAUUCGCAGGGACACCACCAAGUACAUCUAGUGGUCGCAGCUGCAGUAACACUGUACCCGCUGUCACAGUUGUAAACAACGGACCUGGAUCAGUUGUAAAAGAAAACGUAAACGCUCUUUUGCCUCCAUCCUCAAGCACUGUCAUCCAGACCUCUUUAAUGAAUGCACAGAACAUUACGACAGUGAUCUCGUCAACAAAUCUGAGCAGUGGACCUACCGUUACACUUGUGAGGCCGCCUAUGCAAUCACCAGGGCUGGGUGCUACGCAAAAUGGGAGUAAUAAUACAGUUUUAGCAUCCACCACCAAUGUAGCGAAUCUGAGUACUACUGUUGCAUCAGGAAUACCUUUACAGACUCCACCGGUGUUCAAGUCAGAGUCGCCUAAAACUAUCAUACAAACCACACCUCAGACUAUAGCAACAGGUGUUGUUGCAAAUGCAGGCAACGUGAAUCUUUGCCAGCCAAUGCAAAGCGCUCUGCAUUCAGCGACACAUGUUUCGACAACAGGAGCAAUAGGGAAAAACACAGUUUUGCAGAAUUUAACGAGGACUUCAACAUCAGCAACAGUCGCUGCCACUCCUGGCGGGAUACGAGCCAUCGCGCCACAGGUGUUGGCUCCCAGACUCCCUCAUACUUCCCAGAGUCAGCCAAACAUCCAGAACAUUCAGCUUCCUCCAGGUAUGGUUCUGGUGCGUAGUGACAGUGGCCAGCUGCUCAUGAUCCACCAGCAGACACUGGCCCAGAUGCAAGCGCAGUCACAGUCCCAGGGUUCCAUGGCUCCUCGACCAGCCACGCCCACCAGCAGCCCCCCGGUCCAGCUUACCUCAGUCCAGGCCCCAGGGACACCUAUCCUCACCCGUCAGGUGACACCCACGACCAUCAUCAAGCAGGCCACACCCACCCAAAGCACCGUGCAGACCACCACCACCCUACAAAGGCCCCCUGUUUUGCAGAAUCCCAUCAUGCUCGGCGGGUCAGCUGCCGCCACCUCCGUUGGGACGGCCUCUCCAGUGCCGCCGGGUGUGGCUCAGAGGACGGCGACGGGGUCGCCCGGGGCCCCCUCAGCCACGGCAACGGAAACCUUGGAAAAUGUGAAGAAGUGCAAGAACUUCCUGUCCACGCUCAUCAAGCUGGCCUCCAGUGGGAAGCAGUCAUCGGAGACAGCUGCUAACGUGAAGGAGCUGGUGAAAAGCCUUCUGGAAGGGAAGCUGGAAGCUGAAGAUUUCACCAGCAUGCUCUACAGAGAGCUCAAUUCCUCACCUCAGCCAUACCUUGUGCCUUUCCUGAAGAGGAGCCUCCCGGCCCUGAGGCAGCUCACCCCGGACUCGUCCGCCUUCAUCCAGCAGAGCCAGUUCCCACGGCCCAGCGUGCAGCCUGCCACCACCGCGCUGACCGCCGUGGUCCUGAGUAGCCCCGCGCAGCGAGCCGCUGUCAAGACCUCCGCCAGCGUCACCAGCACCCUCCACCAGCCCGUCAUCAGCCUCGCACAGCCCGGGCAGGCCAAAGCCGGCCAGCCAGCCUCACUGCAGAUCCUCCAGCAGUCCCAACAGCAGGGGGCUAUGGUGCGCCCACCCCAGGUCACUCUGGCUCAGACACCCAUGGUCACCCUGCGCCAGCCCCACAGCAGGCUAAUGCUCAGCCAGCAGCAGGUGGUGAAGCAGCUCCAGACAGUCCCACUGGUGAAGCAUGGCAUGCUGCCAGGAGCCAAAAUGGUGCCAGGUGUUCAUUCCCAGGCGUAUUUUGGCCAGAAGAACAAACUGAAAGAGGCAGCUGGAGGCUCCUUCAGGGACGAUGAUGACAUCAACGAUGUGGCCUCCAUGGCCGGGGUGAACCUAUCGGAGGAGAGCGAUCGCAUCCUGGCCACAAACUCUGAGCUGGUGGGCACGGUGACGCGGUCCUGCAAGGAUGAGGCCUUCCUCUACACCCCGUCUCUGCACAGACGGGUGCUGGACAUUGGUAAAAAGUAUGGAAUCACAGAGCUGGGCCCAGACGUGAUCAACUUUGUCUCUCAUGCCACACAGCAGAGGCUGCAGAAUCUUCUAGAGAAGGUGUCAGAGGUCGCCCAGCAAAAGAAUUGUUCCUUUAAGGAGGACAGUCGGUACGAGCAGGUCGACGAUGUGCGCUCGCAGCUCAAGUUCUUCGAGCAGCUGGACCAGAUGGAGAAGCAGAGGAAAGAGGAGCAGGAGAGGGAGAUACUGAUGAAAGCGGCGAAGUCUCGAUCGCGGCAAGAAGACCCAGAGCAACUGCGGCUGAAGCAGAAGGCCAAAGAGAUGCAGCAGCAGGAGCUGGCUCAGAUGAGACAGCGAGACGCCAAUCUCACCGCGCUGGCAGCCAUCGGACCCAGGAAGAAGCGCAAAUUGGAGUCUCCCGGGAGCGCGGCGGGGGCAGAGGGCCCGGGCUCCAACCCGUCAGCCACAGGGGGCUCAGGGUCGGGAUCGUCGAGACAGUUCACCCGCCAGCGCAUCACCCGCGUCAACCUCAGGGACCUGCUCUUCUGCCUGGAGAACGAGCGGGAGACCAGCCACUCGCACCUGCUCUACCGCGGCUUCCUCAAAUAGCGCCCCUGCUGGUGGGCCACCCAGACCUCCAACUGUAGGCUUACUCUUGGCAGAGAACGGAACUUUUAUUGUUUUAUUUUUACUUUUAUUUUUAUUAUUUUAUGUAUGUGUAACAUGCAUAUGUGUGUGUGUGUGUAUAUAUAUAUAUAUAUAUAUAUACAUACAUAAACAUAUACAUAUACAUACACAAGAUUUUAACAUGCAAAUGAACAAUGUAAAAAUGAGUCAUAACUUCAGAAAUCAUGGUUAUGUUCCUCGAAGAGCUCAACUGAAAGUAAGACACAUUUCUAUAAGACAUAGCUCUUAUUUUUCAUUGGUUAUUUUAGUACCAUUAUUAUGGUCUGUGGAUUGUUUUAACUGGACAGUUUUGAGCUCCAUUUAGUGAGUUGCCUUCUUGCCAAUAUAAGCCAUAUAUGUGUUUGUAUCUGACCUUUCAAGGCUAAGCAAUUAAUCAAGCAGUUGGCUUUUUUAGUCAGACGUAGCAAUGGUUCUUGUUCUCCAAUUAGUUACUAGUUUUUUUUUUGUUGUUCAUAAAUCUGUCAAGUUAUAUUUUUAUCGUAUUUUCAUAAAUAAGUUUUAAUUAUUUAUGUCAGUUUAGCUUUCUCUUUUUAUUAAGGAGGUUAUAUAUAUUUACACACACCAAUUAUAAAUAUAUGUAUUUAUAUGUAAUCUCUUUCGCUACUAGCAGUUUAUUGCAUGGGUUUGGCCUCCAAAGUCUAAUAAAUGUUAAUUUUUGAAUGUUCGAUGGAGAAAAAGAAAAGCACCAAUAUCCCUUUAGACAAAAAAACAUUUGAUAUAUUUCUUAAUAUUUUAAAAACAUUAUGUCUGCAAACCUACUUUAAUUGCACUGUUUUGAUUGAAAAAAAAGGAAAGACAAUGUCUUUGAGAAAAGAUGUGUUUUCAGCUGAAGAUUGACGGUAAUUUCUGGAAACUAAUGUAAUGCUGUGUAGCCUGGGCACAUACUUGUGGUGACAUUGCUGGUAAAGGACUGCAUCCAAUGACAGAUCUGCUCUCAUUUAGACAAUAAGACAGAGGGAAACCCCCAAUUUGUACCUAUUUUUUUAUUAAAUAUACUAUUGAAUUGGUUCUUUAUAUUUUUUGCAACAUUGUAUGAAAAUUGUCAAAGAUAGUACUUUUAUGAUUUGUACAUACUUUCGUUCACCCCUUAUAACGGUUUGGUAGUUCUUCACUGAACAGAUCUGUUUUACUACUCAAUGGAAAGAGCCUCUAGCCUUCUGUUUAUCAGUGUUUUACCGCUGUUGGGUAGCUCUUACACACCUUCCCCAUUCCUCUUUUACAGAGAAAAACAAAAAGAAGAAAACUAGAGGCCUGUGGAUCCUUCUUUUCUUGUAGAUUUUGCACAGUCAUUUGUUUAUAUGUAAAUAUUUUACCUAAGAAAAGUUUUUAAUUGCUAUUGUUUUAUAGAGGAUUGAAAGAGAAUUAACUCCUUCAUUAAAAAUGAAGAAAAGAAAC